AUGAUUUGUAAAGUAUUAUCACAAAUACAUUGCGAAGAUUGUGCCUCCAGCCCACUGAAAGAGUGCAAUGAUAAUACUUGCUUAAACGGCGGAAGCUGCACCGGUCCACAGGAUAAACCAUCAUGCUCCUGUCCUGAGGGGGUUACUGGCCCCAAAUGCGAGAGACGUAUCCGUUUUUACAGCGUUGGUUUUUUGAUGUUGAAGGGCACUAAGAAUUUUCUCUGGGAUAUCGCACUGGCUGAUAAGACCAGCACGAAAUUUCAGAAGUAUUCUAAAGUCGUCAUCACAACGCUUGAAAUGGCUGCCAAAUUGGGAAGCGAUCCAACUUUGGUUCAAUCGUUCGUUUCGUGUGAAAAUGUGACCUUCACCCCGGGAUCAGUCUGGGUGACAGUCACACUCAAGUUUGAUUUCAAUAAUACAAUGGCGGCCGUCUAUUCAACCGCUCUUGUAUUCCGACACUUGCAAAUGGGCGGAUUCAGACUGCUAGAAAUCCUUCGUUCUGGGACCAUAUGGAUCCCAACGGAUUUUGGUCGCUUCAACUCAACCACCUUCUACGUAACAGCUAUCGAUCCAUGCGAGUCAAACAAUCAUGACUGCUCAAAAAACGCUAUUUGCAAAACUAUGUUCAACGGAGUAUAUGCUUGUGAAUGCCACCCAUUCACAAUAGACGCCUCGUCUGACAGAAGAUAUCCAGGACGUCGUUGCGUAUACGACGGAUUAAUCAUCUUUACAUUCGUCACCAUCGGAAUCAUAUUGAGCUCCAUGGUCUUCAUUCUCUGUGGAUGCAGGCGCACCAUAUGGUACCGUCGUCGAAACAACACCCAGUUUGAGAAUGUAACUUUGGUCAAGAUGCCUUCAAAUUACGACAUAUGACACACCGAAGCCAACAAAUUACUGCACAACCAUCGAUGUGAUAUUCCUGAACAUGUUUUAUUGCUUCUUGAUAAAAUCCAUUUUGCAGCCUUUUGUGAGCACAUUUUUCUCCUUUUUCUGAGAUGCGCUUUUGCAAAUUUGUUUGAUAAAUCCCUCUUUCCAAAACAGCUGAUAGUUCAAGUGGAGAAAGAGGAAACCGUUGUCUUUCAGCCUUCGAACUGUACAGUGAAUGCCAUAAAUUGUGCCUUGGUGAUUAAUGUUGAAAUAACCUUCACAAUGGGCGUACGUGCGCAUGUGUGCGUACUUGUGAAAUGGAAACCUACAAACUUUAUCUUUCACUCUUCAAA